CGGCAGCGGCCUCCUCCUCCUCCUCCUCGGGCCCGGCCUCGGCCUCGCCCGGCGCGGAGCAGCCCGCCGACAGCCCUACAGGAUCCCAUGUUGAGUGGUGCAAGCAACUGAUAGCUGCUACAAUUUCUAGCCAGAUUUCAGGCUCUGUCCUUUCGGACAACGCAUCCAGAGAACAUCGGGUAUACAGGAAGCCCACCAUAAGGGCCCUGAGGGAUGGCAACAAGCUGGCCCAGAUGGAGGAAGCCCCUCUGUUUCCCGGAGAGUCCAUCAAAGCGAUCGCUAAAGACGUGGUCUAUAUCUGCCCGUUCAUCGGAGCCAUCAGUGGCACGUUGACAGUGACUGAUUACAAAAUGUAUUUCAAGAAUGUUGAGAGGGAUCCACAUUUUGUCCUUGAUGUUCCCCUCGGAGUAAUAAGUAGAGUGGAAAAGAUCGGCGUGCAGAGCCACGGAGGCAAUUCUUGCGGCAUCGAGAUUGUGUGCAAGGAUAUGAGAAACUUGCGGCUUGCUUAUAAACAGGAAGAACAGAGACUGGAGAUUUUUCAGAACCUGAUUACCAGAGCAUUUCCUCUUUCUCAUGGGCUGCCAUUCUUUGCGUUCACUUACAAAGAGAAAUUUCCUACUAACGGUUGGAAGGUUUAUGAUCCGGUGGCAGAGUAUAAAAGACAGGGUUUACCCAACGAGAGCUGGAAAAUAUCCAAAAUUAACAGCAUGUAUGAAUUUUGUGACACAUAUCCUGCCGUUCUUGUUGUGCCAACCAGCGUCAAAGAUGAAGAUCUCUCCCGGGUGGCUGCUUUUAGAGCGAAAGGCAGAGUUCCAGUGUUAUCCUGGAUUCACCCCGAGAGCCAGGCCACCCUCACUCGAUGCGGCCAGCCUCUCAUCGGGCCAAACGACAAACAGUGCAAAGAGGACGAGAAGUACCUACAGACCAUCAUGGACGCCAACGCUCAGUCUCACAAGCUUUUCAUCUUCGAUGCGAGGCAAAUGAGCGUUGCCGACACCAACAGGGCCAAAGGCGGUGGGUACGAAAGCGAAAGUGGCUAUCCCAACAUGGAAUUGAUCUUUCUGGAAAUCCCGAAUAUACACGUGAUGAGGGAAUCGCUGCGUAAGCUGAAAGAAAUCGUUUACCCCACCAUCGACGAGUCCCGGUGGCUGUCCAACGUGGAGAGUACGCACUGGCUGGAGUAUAUACGGAUGCUUCUGGCUGGAGCUGUGAGAAUUGCUGACAAAAUUGAAUCGGGCAAAACCUCGGUGGUCGUACAUUGCAGCGACGGUUGGGACCGGACCACUCAGUUGACUUCUUUGGCGAUGCUCAUGCUGGACAGCUACUACCGGACCAUCAAAGGCUUCGAGGUCCUCUUGGAGAAGGAAUGGAUGAGUUUCGGCCAUCGCUUUGCCAUGCGAGUCGGACAUGGAGACGAUGAUCACGCAGAUGCUGAUAGAUCCCCUGUCUUCCUACAGUUCAUAGAUUGUGUCUGGCAAAUGACAAAGCAGUUCCCAGCCGCCUUCGAAUUCAACGAGCUGUUUUUGAUCAACAUUUUGGAUCACCUGUACAGCUGUCUGUUUGGCACCUUUUUGUACAACUCGGACCAUCAGCGAGUAAAAGAGGUAAAUAGUCCAUGUGCAACAUGA